CUCUCUCCCUUUUUUUAUUCUUACCCCUUUCCCCAUUUACAUUCUCUGGUCUAAUUAGCCACUCUCUCUCCCUCUUUUUUCCAUCUCUCCUCUCCCUCUGUGUGUGUGUGCAGCUUUCAGAUAUGGCAGUUUCACCUACAACCUCUACAUGCUUAGAGCUAACAAUAUCCAUGCCAGGCUCUGCCGCAUCCCACCUUCCUUCCUCUGAACAAGGGGCUGGGCAGGGCGUGAUGAGAAAUUUGGACAUAAAUCAAGUGCCUUCAGAAGAAGAUUGCUGGACGGGUGUAAGCGUGGAAAUAAUGGAUGAUUACGAUGACGGAAACAACAAAGGCGGUGGACCUCCUCGGAAGAAACUCCGUCUCACCAAAGAACAGUCUCGUCUCCUUGAAGAGAGCUUCAGACAAAAUCACACCUUGAAUCCUAAGCAAAAGGAGGCAUUGGCAAUGCAAUUAAAGCUUAGGCCCCGACAAGUGGAGGUGUGGUUUCAAAACUGUCGAGCAAGGAGCAAGCUAAAGCAGACGGAAAUGGAGUGCAAGUACUUGAAGAGAUGGUACGGGUCCCUGACCGAGCAAAACCGACGGCUGCAAAAGGAGGUGGAAGAACUGAGGGCCAUGAAGGUGGGCCCGGCCGCCGUGAUCUCGGCCCACAGCUGCGACCCUCCGCUGCCGGCAUCCGCCCUGUCCAUGUGCCCCCGCUGCGAGCGGAUCACGGCCACCACUGACAAGGGCCCGACCAGCUGGGCCGCCGCCACCGCCACAACAACAACAAAGCCCCCGACGAUGUCGUCUAAAGUGCCGCCCAUGAUGCGUCAUCCCCGACAUCCUUCGGCAGCUUGUUAAGACGGCUGAAUAAUUACCUGGCUGGCAUUGGCAAUGACCCAUGUGAAAAAAGAAAUUCACUUUUCGUUCUUAAAUAAAUGUCCGGACUGAUAAUCUAAUCCUUUAAAAACAUGUUUUUUUUGGUUCAAAAAAUCCGGAAGGUGUUUUUUUUCAAAUUUUUUGGACAAAAAGAAUGUAUCUAUUUAAAGAUCCAGGUUUGCGGGCCAGACAUUUAUUUAGGAACGGGAACUAAUAAAUGAAAA